AGUGGUGAGACAUGUCGUUUUUGUGGUCGGUGUGGAAGCUCGCAGUCACAGUCUGUGAGUGACAGCUCGGCUCACAGAGGAUAACCUGCCAUGAAGAAGACCUCCAGAAGCUCCGCGCGGGCUCAAGCGCUCCACUGAUUUUCGCAAAAGAAACGCGCAGAAGUGAGCGGAGGCCGGCGCACAUCCAGCAGCGCCUCCUCAAACGAUGGGGAUAAAGCACCUCCUGCUUCUUUUGAUUUACUUCGACCCGCUGAAUGUGCUGUGCACCGUCACCAACAAAAAGAGCAAACCCCCGCCGAGGAGGAACGCAAAGUUGAAGGAGGUCAACGGCAGCACCACUGCUGUCCCGCCGGCUUUCCCGGGAAAGAUCACCCAGGUCCAGGCCCCUUAUGUCACUGGUAUCCAGCACGACACCUGCCUGGGCUACUACGACGUGAGCGGCCAGUUUGACAAAGAAUUCGCCUGCAACAACACCGACCACCGGUUCUGCUGCGGCAGCUGCUUCUUGCGCUUCUGCUGCGCGGACCGAGGGAAGCGACUGGAGCAGAGGACCUGCACCAACUACAACACCCCGGACUGGAUCAAAACACAGCCCCCUUCACCGGCGCCCACAGGUGACACGUACGACCCGGAGCUGGACCGGACCAACACCACCGUGUACAUCACGUGCGGCGUGAUCGCGCUGAUCAUCGCCAUUGGGAUUUCUGCCAAAGUAGCCUACGAUAAAGCCACCAAGCCCCCUCAGGAAAUGAAUGUGCACAGAGCCCUGGCAGACAUUCUAAGGCAGCAAGGACCAGGUUCGGUGUCUCAGUAUGAGCAUGAAAAUAUUGCAGCAAUCGAUGGGUCGCCCAAAGAUGAGACACCAGUCAGAACGUUGAAAAAUCAUUACACGCCUGUUCACACCAAGUCAUCCAACCACGCACACUACGGGAAAGAGACCCUGUACAGUGGAGGCCAAGACAUGCAGAACUUCCUCUCCUCUGGUUUUGUGACUCUUGGACGUGGACAUUUAAAAGCACAGCACUCCAUGGAUGAAUCGGGGCAGAUGUCCUGGCAGGGCGAUCUGGACGUUCCCCUCUCCUACGGAAAUCACCACCAUGACUUCCACCACAGCCACCUGGACCUGACGGUGCUCACUCCCAAACUGGAGAGACGCCAGCGCACAAACAACAUCCUGACCUCAUCCACCGAGCCCUACGAUGUGUCCCUCUCCAGGUCCUUCCAGAACCUCAGUCACCUGCCGCCCUCCUACGAGUUGGCCCUCAAGUCUGACUUAAGUGAGAAGGAUGAGUACUACUCCAGGACGCAUCUUCAUCUUGACUUCGGCGGACGGGGACCAACCCACAUGGUGAAGCUGAAUGCAGAACCCCAACAGCGCCAAAGGCCUCGUCGAGUGCAGAGGGCCAUGUCCCAGGACCAUGUUUUGUCUCCUCCUAGGACACCACGUCGUGGAGACUAUGGUUUGUCUUCAUAUGGUGCCAUGGCUGCCACUGCGUACGGAAGUAGCCGCAACCUCUCUGAAGAGCAGCUACUGUCAGCAGACCGCCUCCAGUCCCAAGAUCUGUUGUUGUCCCCAGCAGCGAGGCGUAACAAGUUUCGGGAGAAGGCCAUGGCACGGGCGAUGUCUCACGCUGACAUGUUGAUGCCCACCACACCUGUCAUGGACCGCCACAAGAUGACCAAGAUGCACUCUCAACCUACUGCCCAUAACGACUACAAUUUACUGACCGUCAAUCACCAACCCUCAGCUUCUAAGAGGCAAGCAUUUGCCUCCCGACGAACACACACAGUGGACCACCUACAGUACCUUCCUGGUGGUCCACACCAUACAUACCGUACUGCCAGCAAAAACGAGGUUACUGUUUAAACUCUGAAGGAUCUCUGAGACUGAGACACCAUAGCAAUCCUUAAAAUUGGCAAAUAUAUUAAGUCUUCUUGUUGAAUUACUAUGUUAAAACUCUUCCUGCUUUUUAGCACAAGCUUCCUUUGCCAUCUGCAUUUGGUAACUAGAAUCAACACGGGCAGCGACAUUUCUCUCUUAGAGCUUCUUAAGGGCUUUGUGUGCUGACACCGGAGGGAUGCUUCACAUUCGAGGUUUGACAGUGUGAAGAUAAUAUUUUUUAAAUUGGACACCGGAUUAUGGAAGAGAACCGAAUCAACUUUAUUAAUAUAUAAAUGUAUUAUAUUUACUAUUUGUAUUUUCAGUCCUUGUUAGAGCUUUAGAGAUUAUCUUUGGUGUGACAGAUGUGAGCACUUCAUGCAGUGCCUCUUAAAAUUGUCCCAUUUCAACAAUGAAGUGGAUUUGUGGGUCAUAAAGCACAAAUAAGGAAUUACCAUUUUUUUUAAUUAAAAAAAAUGAUUUUACUUUUUGUUUUGUAAAUGGCCAAAACUCGUCAGCUUAUUAGUGUGAAUGGAGAUUAAAGGU